AUGGGCCAUGGCGGCCUGACCGAGCAAGAGACCAUCAGAUUCUUGCAGGAGCUGCUUGUGAUUUAUGAGGAUUCCAAUUUUCAGGAGCAGCUGCACAGACUUCACCGGACCACCGGAGCUCCCCGACACGCGUUGCAGCUCCUGGCGGCGGAGGCCCCAGGCCGCGAGGCGCUGCUGCGCCGCUUCGGCUUCCGAAGCCUGGCGGAGAUGAAGGGCUGCGUGCGGCUACACGUGGCACGAGGCUCCCAGCGCGUGGCCAAGUUGGCCCAGCUCACGCGGUCAAGCCUCGGCCUAGAAGUGCCCAUUGAGUCGGCAGAGCAGCUGUUGGAGCGCCAGUCCAAAGAGACACAGGAGGCUCUGCGCUGUGACCGCCUGGGCCGUGCGCCGCUCAGCGCUCGCUGCCAAUGUUUGCAGCGCAUCGAGGCAGAGCUGAGCGAAGCUCAAGCGGAGGAGUUGAAGCGACUGCCAGAGGAUCUCCCACUGCAGGCCCUUCUGUCGUUGCUGACCAUGGCCGGCAAGGGGAUCCCCAUGAGAGUUCUGCACAUGAAGGAGCUAACAGAGGUGCCGGUGGCCGCAUCUUUGUCGCCGGAGGUGCUGUGGACUUCCCAUGUGCUUCCAAGCUUGCCGGUGGUGCGACGGAAAGUGCCCGAAGCUUUGCCGAAAUCCCUGAGUUUUCUGGAGGUGGCAGGGCACCGGAUGGUGCAGCUCAAAGGAAGGCCUUCCAUGAGUGGCAGCGUGCCAGUCUUCAUGUGCAACCCUUCGAUGAGUCUCCUCUUUAGCGACUUUCUGGAGACUAUGCAGUGGCACACUGAGAGCAAAACCAUUUGCCCUUUCUACCUCAGCAAGACAUCGCUGUCUGAGUUGCCAGAGCUUCAGGAGGCCAUUCAAGCUUUGAGAAUUCCUGAGGAGUUUGGCACAUGUUUCGGCGAUCCGGUGCCAAAUGGAGUUCAUACCUACAUUGGCUGCCACCGCAAUACCACAUCCCUUCACUUCGAUGGCUACGAGAAUUUGAUGCUUUGCGUUUUUGGCGCCAAGCGCAUCUGGCUGUUUCCUCCGUCAGAUGCUCGCUUCCUUUAUCCGCUGGGCGAGUCGAUCUCCAAGCCGCAGGAUUUUACUCGCUCCGCAAUCCCCCCUUUCACGCGCUUCGGAGACUUCUCCCCGGAGAUGCAGGCCCGGUUCGUGGGCUACGGCAAAGCGAAGGUUUUGGAGGUGCAGCUCCGGGCGGGGGACCUGCUGUACCUUCCGGCGGGGUGGUGGCACUGCGUGCAGGGCUCAGAGGAGCCCAACAUGAUCCUGAACUGGUGGUUCUCCGUGCACCCCAGCAAGACUGGCGCUUAG